ACGAAGUUUGGAAGAGAAAGCAAAGCGAUCCCUCCUCCCUGUGCCCUGCCGCGUCCAACUUCCAAAGCGUAGCCUUUCCCCUCCCAAGAAAGCCACCCAUCGCCCAGAUAAGGCUGUUGCAAAAACGCACAUCUGGCUGCGCUCCAGAAGCGCUCGUUGGCUUGAAAAUGGCCGCUCGGUUAUUUGAGGGGAAAGAUCAUGCCGCUUUCUAUAAGAAAUACAGGUUCUCGCCCCCGCAGAAACUCCAAGAAACGAUCUUCUCGUACCUGGAAAAGAAGAAAGUGAGCGCCUUUCAACUGGCGGUGGAUGUGGGAUGUGGUUCGGGACAAAGUACGCUGUGGCUGGCAAAGCGGUUUGAGAAGGUGGUUGGAACAGACAUAAGCGAAGCUCAGGUUGAGGAGGCCAAGCAAGCUGCCCACCCUCCAAAUGUCUCUUACCUCGUGUGCCCUGCGGAAGAGCUCCCUUUCGAGGACAACUCCGUGGACUUCAUCAUGGCCUUCGCUGCGGUUCACUGGUUUGACCUCCCUCGCUUCAUGAAGGAAGUGGAAAGAGUCCUGAAACCCUCUGGCUGCGUGGCUUUGAGCAGCAACACCCUGGACAUGCAGGUCCAUUACAAAGAUUGCACCGAGAAGUUAACUGAGAUCUAUAAUGAGUUCCGGGUGCGGAGCUUCAAAUACGCCAAUGACAAAGUCCGUUUUAUUGAAGACGAUUACAAAAUGGUAUUUGAUGCGCUGCCUUUUCAGGACAAGCAGAGGAUCACAGAUAUUUUUGGCGCUGUGCCCUUUACCGUGGCCGGGCUCCUGGGAUAUUUCCAGUCCUUUUCUAUGUACCAAACUUUUCUAAAAGCUGAGCCUGAGGCAGCCAAGUCCCUUCUCCAAAACACCGAAAAAAGGCUCCUGGAGGCGAUGGGAGUUUCCUCUCUUGAGACUCCAGUGGAGAUGAGGAUGCGACAUGCUUCUGUGCUGGGGUGCAAAAACUCCUGAAAGGGAUGUGGAUCCAGGGCAGGGACCUGCAGAUUGGGAAGACCCACGCUCUGCUCAGCAACGACUGAAAAUCACCUGAUUGUUACUUAAAGGAGAGGAAAAUAAUCCAUUUAUUCCGAGAGGACCAGAAAGCAGGAAUCAAAGCCAAUCAGAGGAUUGUGAGCCGCAGGCUGGCUGGCAGAUCUUCCAAAGCAAUAUUGUUCUCCAAUUUUAAACUGAAAAGUGCCAGUGUGGCUGGAACAGGCUCUAAACAUCCACUCACUUCUAGAACUCACUUGGGCCAGUUCUGUGCACUUAGAUAGAUAGAUACAUUUUAUUGCAUAUGGCCAUUGGCCUUCACAAUAGCAAAACACUCUCAAAUAUCAAAAUAAUACAUUCUCAAAUAGUCCGGUGAUCAAACACUUCAGAACCACAUAAAACACCCUGCUAAAAGACUUUAAAAUUAAUAAAAACCUUCUAAGAUCAAUCAAGAUCUGUGCACUUGUUCCAACCUACUUUACAUGUGGUUAUGAGUAUAAAAAAGGACAGCCCCCCCCCUCACUAGACAUAUCACUCUGAGCUCUUUCUAGGGCUACAGUACUCCCCCCCCCACACACACACACACAAGGAAUUCACCUCGCUCCAGCCUGAAACAGUAGUUUAUUUGUAAUUUUCACCUUAAUUUCUGCUUAGAUUUAUCCUAUCUCCUUCUCUCUCCCCCUUAAAUCCUCCUAUUUUUUCCCUUUGUAAUAUGUUUUAUUUUAAAAACCAGAAUAUUUUCUUAUUUUUGAUUUAUGAUAAUGUUAACGUUUUGCUAAAAACAUUGGAACAUAAAGUUAAAAAGCAGUUA